AUGCAAAAUUGUGUUCCUUAUUAUACCUUGGAAAAUGAUGGGUCUAAGACUCCACCAAAGUCCACAUCGGGGAUGAAUUCUAAUAAUGAACACAAACAUGAGAGCAGGUUGACUGCAAUGAUGGCAACAUUGGGGGUAAAAGCUGAAUCAAAGACGACUUCGAAAGAGGACCCAAAACGUGUUUCACUUGAGCGACGAUGGAAGAAAACUUUGGCUGAAGAAGUACGCCUCAAUGAACUGGAAAGACGCUUGGACGAGGCUGAGCAACAAAAUCACGGGCUAGAGCACGAGCCGAAUUUUCCUCGAAGGUUCUUAUUCAUAAGGCCUCUAGUGUACUACAGUUUGGAUAUGGUUCCUGAGUCACGAAGAAGAUUUGUUUCUAUUGCGUACUGGAAUUGGAUUGCACUCAUUAUUUUAUUAGUUGUGAACGCUGUUGUUUGCAUUGCUGUUCCAUAUGCACCUUUGAAACAUGACAAAACUAAUGAUAUCGAUAAGACAUGGAACAUAUUUUUUGCGUUGGCGUCCCUUUUUGGUAUCCCGUUAAGCUUUUUUGUCUGGUUCUGGCCUGUUUAUCGAUCUUGUUCAACAGGUGAUCCCUCGAAGUAUCAUAUGGCAUUUUUUGGACUUUUUAUUGCAUUGGUUCAAGCGCUUAUUGGCUUUUUUGGUCCUCUGAGUCUUGGCAUGGGUGGCAUUUUUCUAUCUGUUAACAUCUCUCAAACGCGUUCUCAAUUAUAUGUAAUACCUGUAAUUAUCGUACUCUUUCUGUGGUUUUUUGAAUCUAUAGUGCUUUGCUUUAUUGCGUUUAAGCUUUUUAUCUUUUACCGCAAGGAUUUACAUGCGCGGAGGAUAGUACGUCGGCAAGUUGCGAACGUUGUUGGGUUAUAG